AAAAACAUCGUGUCGCCGGUAGUACUAAAUAGAUGCGUGUUGUUUAAUGUCAUGGCCAGUUUCCCAGUGAUUCAAUUAACAGAAGGCGAGUGGACGUCCGAGAAAUGGUAUGAUAUUUUGGGGGUGAAGCUUCCAAACUUUUUCACCAGCGAUCCCGCAUUCCUCAGAGAUUACAUUUUUAAUUUUAAGACGAGACCUGAUGACGUUUUUGUAGCCACAUAUCCCAAAUCAGGUACGUCAAGAAGUUAAACUCGCAGUAAAAGAGCUUUGCGAUAUGGUAGUUUGCCUCGGCCCUCGUCUCGAGUGACCUAAAGUGAACCGAAAUAAGCAAAAUGGUACAAAUAAUUUCCCACUUUGAUUCACCUUGAAGCAGUGUCAUUUGGUUCCAAAACGAUUACGUAACCUCACGUGAAUGGCGACCCUGCGGUCCUGUAGUCCGGCGAUCACGCGAUCAUACCCCCAAUUCUUUUCCAAAAAAAAGAGAACGAACAAGCAGGUAACCUUAUUCUUUGUUAUGCUAUAAUGCUUGUUAAAUAUUAUAUAAAUGUUAUCUGUUAUAUUUUGAUUAUAUGGCGUCAAUCCUAUAACGUUCACAAGUGUCACCAAAGCCACCCCGUCACGCAAAGUAGCAAGUUUCACAAUUUGCCUAUGAAGUCUAGAGUGGGCAGUACAAAAAACUAAAGUAGGCUUGUAGGGAAUAUCAAGUACUAGUAAACACUUGAUAUGCCCUACAAGCCUACUGGCUAAGCUAUUUCUAGGCUACAUGUCAUAACCCACUUGUAAAGAAAAGCGCCGGCGUUGAAAUCCAAAACUAUGGUGGCUGAAUCGCUUUCUGCGUUUUGUCUCGAUAGUUUUGACCAACUAGUUGGAUUUUGCUAAAACAAUUAUUCCUCUCGCCCAUUCGGCCUUCGGCCUCGUGAGCUAUUCACUCAGACCCCAUUCGGGCUCGAGGAAUAAUUGUUAAAUAUAAUACAAUGAAACCUGUAUUAAGAGGUCACCCUUGAGGACUGGCUUAUUGACCGCUUCAUACAGGUUUGACAAACCGAAGAGUUGUUCAAAAAAAUGAAGUUGGUAAAAGAGCAAAAUAUCUAUCCCACAACGAAACGACCCCGAAGUGCCACUACCUCUUCUUGUGCUGAAAAUGGAAGUAAGAGACCAUGAACGCCAUUCACACCAUACCUGCUGCACUAGUAUGUAUGUUACGGCGUCUUAUAGGUGAAGACAAUGAAAAGUAACUAGUUGGGACCUCGGAAAAAGUGACCGCGACUGCUUAAUAAAGGAGACUUAAUACAGGUCAGAUUUACAGUAUGCAGCUAUUUCGAGAAAAGUUGUCGGAAAAAGUGCGCGAGACAAUCCCGAAAGGUAUUGUGUGUGGUUUUGAGCUCACUGUUCUUCAAAGAAAUUUGAAAGAAUGGCACGAGAGGUCAUGGACGUAUGUUUGCGAGAGCUAAAGGAAAGCAACAAAAGUAGGUUCGAAAGCUACAGUACAGUGUUAGGAAGAGUGUGUUGAUCAUAUCCCAUAAUAACUUUCGGGAUUGUAGCGUGGACAUUUUUUCCGACAACCUUUCUUCUCGAAACAGCUGUAAACUGAGGGAAAUGAUUUCCGGGACUCAGGUAGGUGACCGCUAAAUAGAGGUUUGCUCGAAUAAUAGGUUUGACUGUAUAUUCACAAAAUUUCUGUAUCUAUUAUUUUCCUUCAGGGACAACUUGGGUGCAAGAAAUUGUCUGGCAAAUCUAUCACGAGGGGGCAGUCAGCAGUGCAAACUUUUCUCAUCGAGUGCUAUUUAUUGAAACAGCCACCAAUGAAAUGAUUUGCCCGUUUAGCCUGGACACUUUACCAAGCCCUCGCCUUCUUAAGAGUCAUCUUCCGCUUCACAGCAUUCCGAAAAGUGAUAAUAAGGAAAUGCAGUGCAAAUAUAUUUACGUGGCCCGCAAUCCCAAAGACAUUGCAGUAUCGUACUUUCAUUUCACGGAGCAUAGGCGAAAAGCGGGUAAUGGUUUCAGUGGGCCAUGGGAAUUUUAUGCCAAGUUAUUCAUAGAAGGAAAUGGUAAGUUGAGUUAAUGAGAUGGGUCUUUUCUGUACUUGAAAUGCAGAAUAUUAACAUUAAAAUUUUUUGUUGCAAGAUCUCGUCACCCAUCGAGCGUGCGCACUUUAAAAAGCUUUUUCAAGUCGCAAACAUACUCCAGCCAGUUGUUCAAAAGGUGGUAAGCGCUAUCCGAUGGAUAGAUCUUUAGCCAGUAGAUAACGCAAUUGAUUUCUCUAAUAACAAUACUUAUCCGCUGGAUACUGAUUUAUCCGAUCCAACGUUUGAACAACCGGGGCCAGGAGCUCUUUUCUGUUGUUCAUGACACGGGCAGAGUCAAAGGCGGUCGAGGAUGACAAUUUUUGACAGAUCCCUUUUUUGCUUUAAAGGGAACAAAAACAAUGUCCAUUGGUUGGGUUUCACUGUGGAAGCCUUCCAUUCGGCUGUUAGGCCGUUGAAAAUAACGCAGCUGUCUAAUGACUUGCUUUACUGUAUUUUAUGGAACGUCACAUUCUUUGGUUGUUUACCGGUAUUUUUUUGUUGAACAGUGUGUUGGAACGCUUGGAAUGACCAUGUUCUUGACUGGUGGAAACACAGAGACGAUCCUAAUAUCUUGUUUCUCAAAUAUGAAGAUUUACAGAAGGUACUGUGCAGCAGCGGCAAAUGACUUCAUUAGACUGCGUGGCGUGGUUUGUUUUAUUUGGUUAGUUUUUCUAGAGCGUGCGCGAGGGGAACAUGUGCCAGCGCGGCGUCCUCGAAAUUCCUCACUACAGAAACUACAAGGAGGGUCUCAAUGGGGUGGUGGCUUUUACGGCUAUCGGUUAAUUUUUUUCAGUUACGGUUAACGAAAAAGUUAAAAAUUAACUUCUUUUGUUUCAAAAAGUUAAAUAUUAAUUAACCUGUAUUUUUUUGAAUAAGGGUCUUCGGAUCAUCUCGGGAUGAAAUAAGCUAUUCUUUUGAAAAAUUUUAAGAUUUGAUAGAUCAUACUUUUUAUAAAGUAUUCCACUUCUAAUAUUAUUUUACACAUAGAAAUGUCAAUAGUCAAUUUAAAAAUAAUCUUUGUGAAAAAGCAAAAGCAGACACGCGAACGCCAAAUCAAGGCCGGGGCGCGACAUUCAUUAUAACAGAAAUGGCCGUUUUCACACUAGAGAAGGAUUAUUCGUGUGAGACGGGUUAUCCGUUUGAUGAUUCGCGUCAUAUAGGUAAUAUGUCUUAACUUGAAAAUGGAAUAGUUUUAAUUUUGAAUGAACAAUCCGCCUGACUUUUGAAGACGGGAUUAUCCGUUCCACAUAGCCUGUGUACAGCCGCCCCCUCCGCUCAGAAAAAAUCGGAGAAGGAGUGUCUGUGGGGAGAACGCGACUGUACACAGGCUAGUCUCAGACGGAUGAUCCAUUUCUAGCUAUAGUGUGAAAACGGCCAAUAACAAAAUUCCCGUGUCCAGUGUUUUUAAUGAUAGUGAAGGACUGUACGGAACGAUUGUCUACCGUUGCCUUGUCCGUAGGCCACAUUAUUCCGCGCGGCUAACGCGUUUCGGGUCACGCGGUCCGAGCGAGUUCGCCACCGAAAUGCCUUGACCGAGAUUGCGUGGGUAUACGCCGUACGGGGACUAGGCAUGGCCAUGUCUACCGUAGCGUCAGAGAAAAACAGGGAAAUGUUGUUUAUCGGCAACGUGUUUUACAAACAGUGACAUCUCUGCGUCUUGUUCCUCUUGUGUUUCGAGGGCACGACCUCUGGAAAAUUGCAAAUAUUAAUCCCCAGCAAGAAGCUACACUUUCGCUAGUUAGUUUGAUCUUCGAGAGAGCGCCGGAAAUGGAGCCUAGGUCUUGGUUAACUCCUAAAAGGCUUUUCGCCUAAUGUGCGUACGGAGUCACACUAGCCGGGAAAUAAAAAACGCAACCAUAAGUGAGUUUAGUACCUUCCUUAAAAGUAGCAAAUCUAGGGAGCACUUUCUUUUACGGUUAACUCUUUUUUAUCCUUUUUACGGCUAACGGUUAAAAUCUUUCAAUUUUUACGGCUAUCGGCUAAAUUUUUGGCCGUUUUACGCCUAUCGGUUAACCCCAUUGAAACCCUCUAUAAGGGGAAUGGGCUCAAACUUUCCGCGCAACGAUUUCUGGGAUUGUUUAGGAGGACAAGCGUUAGUUAUGAUUGGUCGAUGGUAUUCAAGGCAACCAUCAACAGGAGCCUAUCAAAUUUGAUGGGCUCCUGCCAUCAACCAAUCAUAACUAACGCUUGUCCACCGAAACGAUACCAGAAAUCGUUGCGCCGAAAGAUUGAGUCCAUUAUAGUUGCUGGAGUGGGGAAUUCUCCCUUCUCCCUUAAAAAACCGGCUCCUGCUAGCUACUCAAGCUAAUGAAAAACAGUUGAUUGACAUUGGAUCGGACCACCAACGGAAUAGCGUUUUGACUGGAAAUACACUAACCAGUCUUGGUGCUACUGAUAAUCGUGCUCAUCCAAAUAAGAAAUGGUCGAUUGACAAAUUUGUCUCCCUAGCAUUUUUUUUUAUAACCAACUGAGAUUAACUCUGAAAAUACCGGCAAUAUUAAUACUGGAAAACCCAAUUUUUAUCUCGGUAAAUGUAUCCAUGUCGGGAUGGGGGAUACUUCCAUAUAAGAGGCUAAUGGAGAUGUACCAAUGGGUGGGGUCGCAUUUUCACAACUGGGUUGACUAGAAUGGGGCAUUUUCAAUAGAGUUACUAGAAUGGGGCCGCACAUUUUCGGAUUUUUGGACGGGUAAGAUAGACUUCAUAUUUACAGUAAGCAAACGCACCAGAAUGUUUGUACUGCAGCUAAAAAUUAAAGUGUUCUUUCUGUUCUUCAUUCAAUCUAAAAAUUGGGUCAUUUCAAAAAAAUAGAAAGUGAGUAAGUUGGGAUCGCGAAAAUUACAUAUUUUCCCAAAAGUGACUAAUAUGGGGUCUAUAAUUGGCCACAGAAUAGACUAUAUUGGGGUAGGGGCUCUUGGAGACCAGCGGCACAUACUCAACAAAAAAAAUAACCUAAGUACCUCCCUCCCCCCGGGGACCCAUGUGUACCUUGUUUUGUACUAAGUGACAAAUGGUAAUUUUUAUGGUUAGAUCACUAACUUUCGUGGUCAGUUCCCAUACGCUGUAUGGCGUAGCUCUUUUUUAAAAAAGUAGGAAAUGCCACGUUAAUGGUACCCUGCGAGCAGAGUCUCCUUCGAUCUUCCUAGAUAAGUACCGACUUAUCUUGGAAGAUCGAAGGAGACUCAGCUUGCAGGGUACGUUUAUGGGGGAGCUAUUCAAACCAUGCCAGAGUCCAGCUUCCAGUUUUAUGCCCUUAGCACAGCAAUAUGAUUAUCGUGGAAACUGAAUUAAUUUUUGGUUAAUAUUUACGUGUUAAAGAAUAAUUUGUACAGAUUGUGAGUCAGGCGUAGGAAAAUUGUCCGUGAUGCGUGACAUCGAUGUCUUUAGUCCGCAGGCGUGAGACUCACGCAUAAUGCGUGAGAGCUGACAGGUAUAUAACAAUGUAAUCUUUGUGUUUUACUGGCGUAAUGUGUUUGAUGGGUCUUAUACAUCUCACCAUUUCUCUAAAAAUUCUUAAUUGUAGGAUUUACCGUCCCAUGUACGAAUGAUUGCUGAUUUCCUGAAAAAGCCACUGACCGAUGAACUCAUUGAUCGCAUUGCGCAGCAGUGUACUUUGAAGGGCAUGAGGGAAAAUGAGAAUAGUUUCAAGUUGAGCAACGAAGAGCAGAGUUCGCCGUUGCUAAGAAAGGGCGUGGUGGGAGGAUGGAAGAGUUAUUUUACUCCAGAGCUGAAUGAGAGAUUUGAAAAGGAAGUGUUGGCAAAACUCAAAGGCACCGGAUUGAAGUUUGAUUUUGAGAUUUAGGAGAAAAAUGCACUUCUGAUUCGUUGUUGUUAAGAUGUACGAUUUGCAAGAAAGCCUGUUGUUGGCCGAUUGAUGUUUGGUAGAUAUGGGUAUGAGUUUGUGACCGUAAUUGAAUGUUGACAUUCCAAAUAAUCAACACUACUCCUCUGCUGAGAUAUCAUUUUCCCCUUCCUCUGCCUCACGGACAAUUUAUUUUCGCGUUCUUUAAAAGUAAAAGAGUCUAACUUUGCUGAUUGUCAGUCAUCUUAAAACGGCACGAUGUUGUAGUAAUAAACGUAUCUACGGCUUUAUAUCAAUAGGUCCGUCAUAAAUCCCCGGGAAAUAUUAAUUUUUGUCAUAUACCUGGAAACAACACCUCAAGCUCUCAUUGGUUACUUCGAGGUCACAAUUAAGACAUGUAACAAUGAAACUGCUUCCCGCCAGAAUCUCUGAGCGGACAACAUUGAAAAAUCUACGACGUCGGAGGGUAACAGUGCACUAUUACCCGCGAAUGUUAACCGACGAUCGCUGUUACAGCGAGGUCUAAUGAAUUUCCAGCUUCAAAAUUUCCAGCUACAGUAGAACCCCGGUAACUCGAGCUCUAAAGGGAAACGAAAAAUAGUUCGAGUCAUCGGGGGCUCGAGUUAACGGAGUCGAUUGCAAAACUCAAUUUGCCAUAUCAAAAAUUGAUAGUUAACGGGAUAACUGGGAUGCCUGGGAUGACUGAGAUGAAAGAGAUGACCCGGGAUGACUGGGAAGACUUGUGCGUGAGUGGUAGGUCCACCGCACAGGAGUUUUGACAGGAAAAAUUCUUGCGUUAUUGGUAGGUCCGCUCUACAGGAGCUUUGAAAUGCAACAACGUGCUCGUGAUUGGUUAGUCCACCGCACAGGAGUAUUGAAAUGGAGGAUGUGUGCGUGAUAAUGAGCUGAACGGUCGCCGCACAACAGUUUUGUGAUCAGAUAGUUAUUAUGUUUGUGAGUCAUACAACUCGAGAUGUUUUUUACCACUGCCACCGUCGGUGCGUCUCGGCGGACGCGGUGUGAUUUAAUUUAGGUGCGGCUGCAUCGCAAAUCUUCAAAAGGACCUAGCCAUUAUAAAUAAAUAUCCUGUAAAACCAAGAGCGCUUAGCGCGCGCGGAGGCUCCGCUAGGAAAUCCGGUUUUGUUAUUAGAACCAAUUUAAAAACGGCUAUUCUGAGCCGCCUGAGGCAGGAAUUUCCACCACAAUUAAGCACUUUCUUAUUUGAAAGCCUUCCAACUCUCCUCGUUCCUGUAGUUCUGCCGUGCUCUUGGCAUUCAAAUCGCUCCUAUUCGUCUGCUUAGACAUUUCGACACUGGAACUAUUCGAGUUUCAAAUAGCGAAAGGGAAGGAAAAUAUAUAAGUUAACGCGAACUUGAAAUAGCGACUCGUAGUUCGCACAAGUAUAGUGUAUUUAUCUUCAGUCACGACAACGAUAAGAAACAGGGGCACCCAACGAGGAUAUAGUUCAAAACCACUUAACAUAGCAUUGUUGAACGUAUUUUAGUAUUUAAACGAUAGAUAUAGGCAUAUUUUUAUCCCCUAAAAACUUAUCAACUGUUCGGAUUUCCUAGAUGAAAGUCUAGUGAUCCGAAAAUUAUGGGGAUAAAAACUUACCUUCUCGAAAAUUUCAGCCGGGAAAAGGCUCCCGAAAAUUCUAGGUGGCCUUUUUUAGGGUCAAAAUCCGUUAAAAUUGGGUAAUUAUACCAUUUUGUGGAUGUUCGAAAAUCCUAGAAGAGGCAGGCAAGCAAGAUAUUUUACAACAAAUGCUCCGAAAAUUCUAGAUCUCAAAUCGUCUUCCGAACAGAUAUUUUCCCGAAAAUUGCCGUUGGGUGCCCAAGAAGAAACGACCGUUUACUCGUCCAGCUUGUUCUCAACGGACUUAGAUAGCAACGGACCAGUACGAGUUAGAUUCUGUGGUGUUCAUGUUUAUGAACUGUUUGUGUUUGAGCAUAUUUUGGAAACAGCAGGGUUUAUUUUCCCUUGUUAUUCACGGGCUGCUUACAAUGGAGCAGAAUACCAAUGAUACUUGGUUCUGUUUUUCUCGACGUCGCAGUGAUUCGGCACCAUCGAACAAAUUUGCGCAAUCAAUGUGUGUUUCGCUUCCACACGGUGGAAUAGAUUGCAGGUAAGACUUUUUUAUUCAUUUCAUUUAAGAAAAAGUAAGGUUUAGCGUUAUUUAGCCUUCGCAGAUCUCAGUAAUAUAUUUCUCAUACAAAGUCUCUUAUAUUUUCAACGGUCGCCUGUAACGCGACACCGGCUCGUCACCUAUGUCAAUUACAUUACAACUUUCCCUUGUAACGUGAGUUUGGGCCGCCUGUGUGUUUAACGGCUCAGUUAGCGCGUAACCCUCACCUCUGUAUUCUUUCAGAGACUUGCCGCUUUACACCCAUUCCAGCUUAAUUAUGCCUGCAUGGGGGCUUCUGCGGAGGAAAGUGGCUCAAAAACACUAAUAACGCCAUGAAAUUGCAAUGUGCCCUGACCAUUGACUUGCGUGACAUUUCUCGCAAUUGACACUACAUAUGACGCAAAUGUGACGCAGGUAUUUCCAUGGUGACUCCUCAUGCACCUAUUCAGGACGUAAGGGGUCAAAGAAAAUGCGAAUAUAAAGAGGUCGUUGUUUUCAAGGUCGUCGCUUCGCUUUCUAGGUCGUAGUUCUAGGUCGUAGUUUUCUAGGUUGUCGUUUACUAGGUCGUCGCUUACUUGGUCGUCGUUUUCUAGAAACCCCAUUGUUUAGAAUCAUGGCCAGUUUUCCAAUUAUUCAAUUAACAGAAGGCGAAUGGACUUCCGAGAAAUGGUAUGAUAUUUUGGGAGUAAAGCUACCGUUCUAUUUCACCAGUGAUCCUGCAUUCCUCAGAGACUACAUUGAUAAUUUCCAGACGCGACCGGAUGACGUUUUUAUUGUCGGCUAUCCAAAAUCAGGUACGUCAACACGUUGAAACACGCUUAUAGUACUUUGAUGGUAUACCGUAAGUAAAUUCAACUCAGACUUUUUUUGGCUCGUCACGCGAAGAAUCCCCGGGAACCUCAGUCCUAUAUGUCACGCAAAGUUGUCAAGGAGUCUUUAAGCUUUGUCUGGAAACACGGCGUAUACUAUACAGUCGACUGUUCAUAUUCCAAUGCGUACUUCAUUACAUUCGGUUCUUUGUAAUACAUUACAUUCAGUACGACGUUAUUAGAUCCGGUAUAUACUUCAUCUCGGCCAGCGACUAAGCCCCUCCAACUCCUCCAUCCCCUGUAUUUACUACAUUAUACUAUUAUACUCGGGUGUGUUUCAUAACCAGAAUUAUUAUUAUGGCUCUGUUUGAUAACUCGUUCAUUCCUGUGCCUCUCCACCCAAGAAGUCUUCGAUUCUGGAUUUCCGGAUUCCAGGUACUGGAUUCCGGAUUCUUUGCCAGUGGAACUUGGAUUCCGGAUUCCUUGAUCUGUUUCCCUUAUUUUUUUUUAUUUGUAUUUUUAGCUGUAUUCCUUAUUGCUAAGCCCAGAAUUUCGAAUUCCACAAGCAAAAGUUUCCAAAAUGGCGACAAUUUUCUUAUUCAUUUAUAGCUAUUCCUCGGUUAUGUUGAUUGGCCCUCGAUGCCUGGAUUGCUUCUUGAGAGUUCAAAAGAAUUUCUAGCUGGAAUUGAGUCAUUGAGGGCUAAGUAACAUAAGUAUAAAAAAAUAAUAAAGUCGUCGCCAUUUUGGAAUAAGGUGUAUGCAGGUAUCAGUGUGUGAAUGGAGAGAUGGGGAGGGGGGGGGGGGGGGGUAGUGGCAUAGGUGCAGCAUUCAUCAUCAUCAUCAUCAUCAAUCUUUAUUUAUAGACGAAAUCGUAUCAUGUUUGCAUGGUCUUCCUAGGAAUCGUGUAUAAAAUUAGACUAAAAUACUCUAAGGAACUGCUUGACUCUAAAGUUAAAAAUACAAAAACUUACGUUAUUAAUUUAAUAAUAAGAGUUACAAUGAGUCAUGGUGUAUUAAGAUAAUCUUUCCCAUGAAAUGAAGUUUUAAAAACAUUUAAACUAGGCGGCUUUCUAAUCUCUGAGGGAAUCGUGUUCCACAGAACAGAUCCUCUGUAGUGUAGGCUCCCUUUUGCAGACUCAGUUCUGGGUCUGGUGACAUAAUAAUUUAACUCAGAAUUUCUAAGAUUGUGUGAGUGUACAUUUGAGAGGUGUUGGGAAAGAUCCACCUCAGAUACGAUGGGGAAAGAUUAUUAUGGAUUUUAUACAUUGUCACAGCCAAUGGUUUAAGUCUUACAUAUUCUAGCCUUUCCCAGCCAAGCUCAUCCAACAAAACACUUGAGCGAACCUCAUAGUUAGAAAAGGUGAAAAUUCUAGCAGCCCUAUUCUGCAUCUUUUGAAGUUUGUCUGCUAGUCCCUUAUUGAUAUUACCCCAUGCAGCACUACAGUAAUUAAAAUAUGGCAUUACCAGUGCAUUGUACAUAAUUAUUCACUCUAGUAUCAAAUGGUAUAAAAUGACUUACACGUUUUAAGAUAGCAAUACCAGUGGAUAUUUUCUUUGAAAUGGUAUUAAUGUGUGGGUGCCAGUUCAAAGAUUCAUCAAUUUGAACUCCAAGAGAUUUAUGUUUAAUUACUCUUUCUAAUGGUGUAUUAUUGACUUUGACUGUGAAGUCACUAUUUAUUUGGGAUAACUUAAAUUGGCUCCCUAUAAGCAUGUAUUUAGUCUUCUUAACCUUCAAAGUUAAUUUGUUUGCUGACAACCAUGACUGAAUUAAAUUCAUAUCAUAAUUUGAAGUUUUUGCUUUUUCUUGGCCUUAGGACUGGAAAAUAGUUCGAAUUUGAUUAAAUAUUCCUUACCAGGGUUAACAAAACCGCAAUUUGGGACCAAAUUUGGGUCAAAAUGCUCCGAAUGGGAGGGACAAAGGAAGUGUUCCAAUGCCACACCUGUCCCUGUCCCCCAUUCUCCGUCUAAAUAUUGAUACCUGCACUUGUGGUGACUGGGACAGGCCUGAAAAAACGAGAAAAAAAAAAGCUUGAAAGCGUUAUCAAGUACUUUAAUAUAUUAAAGUUGAUGUUUUUAUCAUUUUCAUUCAGGGACAACAUGGGUGCAAGAAAUUGUCUGGCAAAGGUACAACGACGGAGCAGUCAGCGGUGAACAUUUUCUAUCGCGAGUGCCAUUUAUUGAACCAUCCACCAAUAAAAAGUUGUACCCAUUUGGCUUGGACACUUUACCAAGCCCUCGCAUUCUAAAGACUCAUCUUCCACACAGAAGAAUACCGAAAAGUGAGAACAAAGAAAUGCAGUGCAAAUAUGUUUACGUGGCUCGCAAUCCCAAAGACGUUGCCGUAUCGUAUUUUCAUUUCACGGAUUAUUUGCGUAAAAGAGGCAAUGGCCUAAAUGGGCCAUGGGAAUAUUACGUCAAGUUAUUCAUAGAGGGAAAUGGUAAGUUCAGAUGUAUACGUACUGAAUGUGGGCCUUUAAUUCUGAUCUUCAGCUACAAUACUCGUCAAUUUUCGUCGAAACACUUAACUGAAAGUGAGGUUUUUUCAUGUCAUGCCUUUUCAACCAACUUAUCUAACUUUUCCCCGUAUGUACUUUUUCUCUUCUUCCCCAAUGUCGAGAUUGGCGUUUUUUGCAUAAAGAGUGAUACGUGAAUCAAAAUUGAGGAGGGCGUAACGUGACAAGUCAGUUUCAACAAAUACGACGAGUAUUCUAGAUAUCAUUAACAAUGAAUACAGUCUAUUUUAGUCGCAAGAAUACCUCUUCUCACCGUGUGCACUGAAAAGUAUAAGGUUUCUUAAAUACUUCAGAUGGUCGGUGACCCUACGUUUUGGACAGAUGACUGAGUUUCUUUUCCAAAAAUUCGACGGAUUGCUUAAAAUGGGACAAUUUAAAAAAAAAAAAAUCAAUGUAAGAGGUUUUCCAAGGUAGAAUCUUUCCAUUCCGCUGCCAGGCAAAAAAUCCGACCGUUCGACAAUUUGACUUUACUUUAGGGAGCGUCACUCGAUCUGCAUAAUUCUUGAAAUCAUAUCAUUUAGCUUCGUCAGUUAACUGGUAUUUUUUGAUAAAUAUGUAGUGUGUUGGAACGUUUGGAAUGAUCAUGUACUUGGCUGGUGGAAACACAAAGAUGAUUCCAAUGUCUUGUUUCUCAAAUAUGAAGAUUUACACAAGGUAAUGCUGCAGGGGCAAAUAACAUAACCCUUCCCAAGGGACAGGACCAACAUCAAUUUUCUCCAUAGAUCGUAAAAAAAAGGUUUAUAAGAAUAAUAAAUUAAAAAGACCUGCAAAGAGAAAAUCUUUUCAUCCUUUAUCAAUUUCUAUCAGAUAAGUCUUUAAGGAAAUGUACGGAGAUCAGUCUGGAGAAUUUGUACUGGGAAAUAAGAUUACACCCUAACAAUAAGUUUUUCACAUGACGUCACGGCGGCCAUAUUGGUGUCCCAAAACAAUGAAACGGCGGCCAUGUUGGUGUCCGAAACGAGUCCUGUGGGAGUUGAACUCCUUUAUUAUGCAAACGCUUUCUUUUGUUCCAUUUGCAUAGAUGCUGGCCACUUGAGUGAAAACACUCUAUAGCAACGGAGACCGUAAAAUUGAUAUAAUUUCAAAAUGAUAAAUGCCCACGAUCAUAUCCAGUCGCUGGACGGCGGACCUCAGAGGAAACAACUUCCCUUCUACUAUCAUGUACCAGGGCUUUCAAGUAAUAUAUCAAACAUGAGACGCAGUGUUUCAUCACCAGAUGAAACACCGAGAAGAGAGUUGAAAAUACGACGCGUAGCGGAGUAUUUUUGACGAACUUCGAGGUGUUUCAUCUGGUGAUGAAACACUGUGUCGAAUGUUUGAUAUUUCUUCUCAAACAAAAUCAUUUUUGAAGGAGAAAUUAAGGAUGCAAAAAUGAGCAGUUUUUCAUCCGAUAUCCAAACACUCAUUAAACAUUAAUUUCCUUUGAAUUUUCUUUAUGAAUUAUUAAUGAGUUUGAGAAUAACAAUUGAAGUAGCCAGCAGGUUUGAUUAGAGUAACUGACAGUGUUAACAAGGGGCCAUUGUUUCCCCAGAAAAUUUUAAAAUUUCCAAGCCCUAAAAUGUUUCAUUCAAGUUUCGGUUUAUCAGCCACACAAUCAACUCCUUCAGCAAUUAACACAAAUGACGGUAAUUCAAUAACGUACAUUUGCUAGUGAACAAACUCUGGGUAAAUCUAUGUAGAAAGGUGUGGAAAAUUGACUAACUAAUGCGUACCAUAAAUCCAGUGGUUCUUGGUGAAUUAAAAAACACAUCAUAAUUAUGUUUUCAUUGAGAUGUUUUUGUUUACAACACUAUUAAAGGGAACCUCCACCUCAACAAAAAGAUAACUUUAAAUCACAGGAAAUAACUGUUACAGUCAAGUCAAUCUAAAAUAUUUUUAAAGAAAGCGUUUGUAUCCGAAAGAAAUAACUUUUAGAUUCGCCUAUUUUUGUUUUCAAAUUUUGCGCGCGUCGCCAUCUUGAAUAAUUGUGACGUGUAAUGGUUGCCCUAUUGUUAUUAAACAAAAGCUCUUUGUGUCAGAACAAUAGAGCAACCGUAACACGUCACAAUUAUUCAAGAUGGCGGCGCCCGCGAAAUUUGAAAGUGAAAAUAAGCGAUUUUAAAAUUCACUUUUCCUGAUAUAAACACUUUUUUUAAGACAAAUUUCGAACAAAUUUGUUCAUCAACAUAAUUUUAUUCGAUUUAAACUUAUUCUGUAGUAAGAGUGGAGGUUCCCUUUAAAACGUCAUGACUGCUCCUUCUUACACGAAAAAGGUAACCGACUUCUCUGAGCUUUUCGUCGGUCGUGGGUACUUAUUGAAACCCCUGAUAUUGUACCAACCAUUUUCGAGGACGAAACGAAAUUGAGACGAAAUGCACCAAUAACAGAACAGCUUCGGUGCUACUGAUAAUUCCGCACAGUCAAAUGCAUAUGAGAAUGAUCAGCAAAAAUGGCUUCAGGUUAUUGAAAUCUGAACUUCCAAACAUUAGAAAUGAUCUCUGAAAAUCUAGCAGGACGAACAACUGGAAAACCUCAACUGUAAUCUCUUUAAAUUGAAAGUUCUUGUCUUAAACGGUUAUUUACGGUUCUAUCACCCUCUUUGGUGAUCAGUUUAUAUCAUCUUAAUUUGGCUUAAUUCUAUUGCUAAGUACUUGAUUACGCACGUAGGGGUCUUACAACGUAACGGAUUAAUCUCUCUCUUAAACUGUUUCUUUUAGGAUUUACCUUCCGCUGUUCGAAUGAUUACUGAUUUCCUGAACAAGCCACUGACAGAUGAACUCAUUAAUCGCAUUGCAGAGCAGUGCACUUUGAAGGGCAUGAGGGAAAAUGAGAUUAGUUUCAUAGUAAGUCCCGAAGAACAGAGUUCUCCGUUACUACGAAAGGGCGUGGUCGGAGGUUGGAAGAGUUACUUCACUCCUGAGCUAAAUGAUAGAUUUGAUAACGAAGUGUUGACAAAACUGGAAGGAUCUGGAUUAGAGUUUGAUUUUGAGAUCCAUACGUGA